AUGGUGCGGGUGGUAAUCAAGGGAGGUGUCUGGAAGAACACCGAGGAUGAAAUCCUCAAAGCUGCCAUUAUGAAGUAUGGCAAGAAUCAGUGGAGUCGUAUUGCUUCGUUGUUACACAGAAAGUCUGCUAAGCAAUGCAAGGCACGGUGGUACGAAUGGUUGGAUCCUAAGAUCAAGAAGACAGAAUGGAGUAGAGAGGAAGAUGAAAAGUUGUUGAACUUGGCCAAGAUCAUGCCCACACAAUGGAGAACGAUUGCUCCCAUCGUUGGGCGGACUGCUGCACAAUGUUUGGAAAGGUAAUUAUUGGAAUAGUGAUAUUCAUAAAUUUUUUUACAUUUGUUAUAUUGUAAGUUUAGGUAUGAACAACUUCUGGACGAAGCACAACGAAGAGCAGAAGGCUUGGAUGCUGAGGACAGUUUGUCAGAAGCUAAGAAGUUAAAGCCAGGAGAUGUUGAUCCGACUCCAGAAACGAAGCCAGCUAGACCAGAUCCGAUUGAUAUGGAUGAGGAUGGUAAUUUCUUGACUUUUUUUCAUAUUGGUGUGUCUACUUUGCUUUAAAAUAUAAAUUUGUUUGAAUUAAUUUAUUUGAAUUUAGAAUUGGAAAUGUUGUCUGAAGCCAGAGCUAGACUAGCUAAUACACAAGGAAAGAAAGCUAAGAGGAAGGCCAGAGAAAAACAACUAGCUGAAGCCAGACGGCUGGCUACACUGCAAAAGAAGAGAGAACUGAAGGCUGCUGGAAUCGUAUUGGUCAACAACUUUAAGAACAAGAAACGGCCAGAAGUUGAUUACAAUGCGGAGGUAAGUUGACAUGCUUUUGAGUAGUUGUUCGGAAAGUCCUACACUUUUUGACAUUAAGAAGUAAAGGUUUAGGUAUGAGAUUUUAUCUUUUUAGAUUCCAUUCGAAAAGCCGGUACCUGCUGGAUUUCACGACCCAACAGAAGACUUGUUUGAGAAGAAGCCAGUGAAUUCGAUCGAAGAGAAGCGACGUGAUGCUGUCGAGUUUGAGGAACGAAAGAAGGAUCGUGAAAAGCUGAAGAGAAAGAAGUGGGUAUUCUAAUGUUUCAUAAAUUUACAGUUUAUGCUGUUGCUAACGUGUGUAAUAUUUAUUCUUCAAUGUGUUAACUAUGGUAAGGUUUACCUAAAAAACGUUUUUAGGGAAGAAGAUGCACCAGCUUCUAUCUUCGACUCCAAGAAGCCAAAACUCAGAUCAAAGUUGACAUUGCCAGAACCUCAAGUAACAGAAUUAGACCUGGAGAACAUUGUCAAGAUGGGACAAAUGUCCGAAUCUGUGAGGUCUAUUGUGGAUGAGAACCCAAGCAGGUAAUGCUUUUUUGUUUUGAUGGUUUUAUUCUAACUGCCUCAAUUGCUAUUAAUCUUUCUUGUUACAGUGCUUUGCUACAUGAUAUUUCUCAAACCGAGGAGUUGUUACCUAAAUCUUCGAGAAUGAUGACUCAAAGUGUGGAUACGGUAGCUCGAGUGAGUUAAUUUUGAUGAAUUUUGAAAAUUUUUAAGUUUUAAGACCUUAAUUAUGAGUGACGCAAUAUUGUUUUAGGCGGCUGACGAUUUGCUGGCGAUUAUGACGGCGGACACUCCAUUAAAGGGAGGCUUUAACACUCCAUUACACGCUUCGACUGCCAGUGAUUUGGGAACUGGUAAGUUAUAACUUAAGAAAAAGUGCAGUAGAAGUGUUGUAUAUUACAAUUGGUAAAAAAAAGCGUUUUUAAAAUAUAAAAGAUGUACGAUUUGUCAAAUUUUAGACAAAAAAUACAUUGAAACUCCGAGAACAGAACGACGAGGUGGAGGAACGUUGGAGGAAGGUCAUGGAAUGUCGACAAAACUCAAGAGUCUGCCCAAACCAAGAAACGAGUUUGAGUUGGUUUUACCUGAUGAUGAAGAAGAGCAAGAGGGUGUCUUGGAGGAUGUAAGGUUAUACCUGAUUAUCAAUAUGUAGUCUUGUUAUGGUUAAUAUUUUUAAAUUUAAUUUUAAUUAAUUUAGGAGUGGAUUGAGGAUGCAGAGACACGAGAUGCUCGAGCUCAGUUAUUGGAGGAUAAGAGGAAAGCGAAGGAGAGAGAGCUGAGAAGUACUCCUUUCAAACGGGAACUACCACUACCUGACAAAAUAAAUGCGCAAUACCGUAAGAAAAAUGCCGCAAACACAGACUUGGCCAAGGUAAUUUAAUUUGAAAUUAUUUUUAACUGGUUUAAAAUUAAGGUUACAGUAUUUUAAAAUUGAUUUUUCAGGCAGAUAACUUGAUAAAAGAAGAAAUCAACAAAAUGAUGGAAUGGGACGUCAUGGGGAAGGUGCCAGACGACAUUUACGACCCAGUGAUGAUGAAGAAGGCCCAAGACCUUAUUGAGAUGGAGAUGGAACAAGGUCCCAAACUAUCGACAGACUUGUGGAACAUCAUAAAGGAAUGUUCGGACGAACUGAUAUGUUACAAUGGCAGAUAUGCUCGUCUGAGCAGUCUGGGAAGGCGAGAGCAAGUGGAGGCUUUGACUGCCAAACUCAAUGUAAGUUCAUAAUUUUAUGCAAAUUAACCUCUGGGGGAAUUGAAUUAGGGCCUGAGAGGUGCUUGUUGUGGUGGGGCUGUGUCUUGGCCGCCUUGUAAGGGAAGGAAUGGCAUAUUUGAACCGGAACCCAUUCAGAAGAUGCCCGCGGCCAAUUUCCUGUUAUGGGAAUACGAUACUUUCUUUGUUUCAGGUUCACCGAGAAUGGAUGGCUCAGUUGUCAAAGAAGACGGUCAAAGUCGAGAAGAAGGUUAAUGUGCUGCUGGGCGGAUAUUUGGUAAGUUUGGGUAAUUACUUUGGCUAACAAAACUAAUUGGAAUUUGAUUUUUUGGCAAAACUUAGUCUUAUAUAUCUCUUAAUUUUAAAAUAAGGUUGGGUGUUAUAUGAAAAAGAUUAUUUUGCACAUUAAAUAUUAUGGUAAUUAGAUGAGUCAUUUCCAGGGAAUCCAGAAGACAUUCGUGGACAAGAUCCACAGAAACCAGCAGCAGAAGGAGAAGCUUCUGAUGGAGUUGAAGACCUUCCAACGAUUGGAAGAGAACGAGGAGAAGGCGAUGGUCAAACGAGUUCACACUCUCACCGACGAAGUAAGUGGGGUUGCGUCACUUUAAAUGUUCCCAGAUUAGUUACACCUAAUAAUCGUUUAGUUGAGUGCGGUGGAAGCCUACCAAAAGGAACUUCAAGAGAUGUAUGCGAAGCUCGAGCACAACAAGUGGACUUUGGAACAGUUCGAGAUACGACAAAGGGCUAGCGAGUCGAUGCCCCCUGUCAGAUACGACCGGGCAUAA